AAAUCUGUUAAAACCCCCCGAGAGGCGCAGCAGCAGCAGACAGACAGACAGGCAGACAGGCAGACAGACAGGCAGACAGACAGGAGAGACGUCCCGAUGACUUCCAGUCAGAUCCAGGUCCCCGGAGAGCUGAAGAGCGACCCCGCUGCUCUCAUGGCAUCCCUCCAGCUGAUGCCCUCCCCGGUGCCCAACCCGGAGAUCAAGUACACCAAGAUCUUCAUCAACAAUGAGUGGCAUGACUCUGUGAGUGGGAAGGUGUUUCCUGCCACCAACCCGGCCACCGGGGAGCAGAUCUGUGAGGUCCAAGAAGCCGAUCAGGCUGACGUAGAUAAGGCGGUGCAGGCGGCUCAGCUAGCCUUCUCUCUGGGCUCGGUGUGGAGGAAGAUGGACGCGUCGGAGAGAGGACGGCUGCUGUCCAAACUGGCCGACCUGGUGGAGAGAGACUCCGUCUAUCUAGCUACGAUCGAGUCUCUGAACAGUGGGAAACCCUUCCUGCCCACCCUGUUUGUGGACCUCCAAGGAACCAUAAAGACACUCAGAUACUUUGCUGGAUAUGCAGACAAGAUCCACGGCACCACCAUCCCCAUGGAUGGAGACUAUCUGACGUUCACCAGAUAUGAGCCCAUUGGAGUUUGUGGACAAAUUAUCCCUUGGAACUUCCCUCUGAUGAUGACGGCGUGGAAGCUGGGACCAGCCGUGGCCUGUGGGAACACCGUGGUGCUGAAACCUGCAGAGCAGACGCCUCUAACCUGCCUCUAUAUGGGAGCACUGGUCAAAGAGGCCGGCUUUCCACCGGGAGUCAUCAAUAUUUUGCCAGGAUUCGGGCCAACGGCAGGAGCUGCGAUCGCUUCACACAUGGGCAUCGACAAAGUGGCUUUCACAGGAUCCACCGAGGUCGGCAAGCUGAUCCAAGAAGCAGCUGGGAAGAGUAACCUGAAGAGAGUGACGCUGGAGCUCGGAGGAAAGAGCCCCAACAUCAUCUUUGCAGAUGCCGAUUUGGAUCUGGCAGUGGAGCAGGCCCACCAGGGCGUCUUCUUCAACGCAGGACAGUGCUGCACGGCCGGCUCUCGGAUCUAUGUGGAGGAACCGAUUUAUGACGAGUUCGUCCGGAGGAGCGUGGAGCGAGCCAAGAGGAGGAUAGUCGGCAGCCCCUUCGACCCGACCACGGAGCAGGGACCUCAGAUCAGUCGCGAGCAGCAGAACCGAGUGUUGGAGUUCAUCCAGAGUGGAAUCAGUGAGGGAGCCAAGAUGGAGUGUGGAGGAAAAGCUCUGGGGGUUAAAGGUUUCUUCCUGGAGCCCACCGUCUUCUCCAACGUCAGGGACGACAUGCGCAUCGCCAGAGAGGAGAUUUUUGGGCCCGUCCAGCAGAUCAUGAAGUUCAAAACUAUGGAGGAAGUGAUAGAAAGAGCCAACAACUCAAAUUAUGGUUUGGCUGCAGCUGUUUUCACCAGCAACAUCAACAAAGCCAUGAGCGUCUCCACGGCGAUGCAGGCUGGCACCGUCUGGAUAAACUGCUUCAACGCUCUGAGCUCUCAGUGUCCAUUUGGAGGAUAUAAAAUGUCUGGCAAUGGACGUGAAUUGGGCGAGUGCGGCUUGAAGGAGUACUCAGAGGUGAAGACCGUCACCAUGAUGAUGGUCGCCAAGAACUCUUAAGGCAGUUUUUGUUUUUGUUGGGAGGAGGAAACGUCUCACCGACUCCUCCCACCCAGUCCUCCCACCGACUCCUCCCACCCAGUCCUCCCACCGACUCCUACCACCGACUCCUCCCACCGACUCCUCCCACCCAGU